AAAGACAAAACUCCUCACGCUCAGCCUACAACCUCUGCGUCUCAUCUCCCUUCAAAGUCAAGUCAAACUCAAAGCCAGCAAAAUAGAAAGGUUCAUUUAUUUGGGCGUGCGAGUUGGUGACUGGGAGAGGCAGUUCGAGCUGCUCAUUAGACUUCUAUUGCAUUCCUUCCAUGUGGAAUUUUCUGAACAGCUGUAAUUAGAGUGUAAAGUCAUUGUUUUCUUUUCUUUGAAAAGUGCUGAAGAAUUUACUGGUAGUGAAUUUAUCACUUGAAGAAGCGGUUUGAGAAGGAAUGUGCUAAAUCGGAAAUCGUAAUGGCGUCUACCAGUGUGUUGUUCGGCGUGUUGGUCACGUUGCUGUCUUUGACGCUGGUAGCUGAGGCAUCUGUGGACAUAACCAAGGACUUUCGUUGCCGAUGCGUGUGUCCAAAAGGUCUGGACCAGACGAAGAAGCGUGCUGUGUUCAUCGAGAACGAGGCAGACCCAAGGCAGUGCGAGUGCAACAACGUCGUGCCCAAUGCCACCAUCGAGUUCUGCCUGCAGUGCAAGUGCCAAGUGGAGUCGAUCAACAGCUGGAUGAUAAAGUCAAUUAUCGUACUGAUUCUGAUCUCCUUCGCCGCUCUCAUUGGCGUUGGCAUUUGGCAAAUUGCCAUGGGUAUCUAUCAACGACGACGAGCUUCAGUGUCUGUUUCCGCACAUGACGUUAUCCUCCCGGGUGAUGAGUACAGCAUCAGCUCGGAUGAACGCGCCUUGACCCCCGUCGCCGAAGUCGAAGCCAGCCAGGACUUCGUGUUGCACAACCGUGAUUCUGGUCGCGAGGGCGCGUCUGGCUCUAGCAUCCAACGCUUUGGCCGUCGUGUUCAGGAUACCAUGCUGGGAGCGCAGCAAGAAGUACAGCGACAGCGUGAUUACGUCUACAACCGUCACGCUUUGCUCAGCUAGUGCGCCCUGUGUGUCCCUCGCAUGCACUUGUGCAUAUGAGUGCCGUAUGCGUUCUGCACACAGCCGUCACGCUCUAUUCAGCUAGUGCUGCCUGUGUGUCUCUCACGCGCACGUGUGUGUGCGUAUGCGUGUGCCUUCUGCUUGCACGUGCACACCCACAUGUGUAUGUACAUUGGCAGUGCGUUGCAGUUGAGAAAGGCCUGCUCUCGCCAUGCGCGGUGUGUUACUUAUUGCUAGCAGCAACUAUGCAUCGUAUACUGGAGCCCCGCUGUAGGGUUAAUGGUACAGGAUCAUGGUGGCCUUGACUUGCUUUUAACUUUUUAGGAUAACUGCUAUCUGAUCUGACUGGUUCUUGCGCGCGUGUGUUUGUGCGCUCGCGGUGCACGCACGCUUUUCCGAGCGCUCCUCCCGCUUCCUGUCAGAGAUGCUAUCUGUCGACUUGGAGCCAUCCUUCUCAGACUCUCUCUAGAUCUAUCUAUCUCUACGCUGGGUGAAGUACUGUUGAAUCCGGCAUUGCAUAGAGGUCGGUGGCAUCAGCACAUGUGCAUAAUUGCCAAAACGCUCGCUUUCUUUCUCUCCACGUUGUUUAGCCUUUAGGCGCUUUGAAUUAUCUAUUUAUACUCGUAGGGUUAGCUGCUUCGGUGUCUAGGGUUUUAGAUGUUUUUGGUUCUGUGUGCUGCUCGUCUUCUGCUUGAUAUGAUUGCCAAUUACCUUGGGAAUUGCCACUUCCAUUGCAAUUCCUAUUGGGACUUGGUUGUUAGCGGAGGAACUUCAUUCGGACAUGAAUGUUUUGUUGUGUGUCUCCUACGUGAGAUUACUGAUACCGUCUUUUAUUCUGUUCAAGUCAUUGUUUUGAUGACUGUGAUGGACGUUCCGAUUUUAUUUUUACUUGACUUUUAAUUUUUGACUCUGAAUUGAUCAUCUGUGUGGA